GUGUCAGCAGCUGUUGACAGAGACCGGACGCAGUUGAAGAUAAACUGCUGGUCUUAGUCCAGAGAUGUCCUCCUUCUGGUUGCCUCUGCUGGCUGCAAACAGUACCUCUUCCCCCAGCUGCUUUAACCAGAGCACCGUCCUGGCAGGCCAUGAAUUUGGAGGAGUGCCAAUUGUCCUGCUGCUGAACUUCAUUGUUUUUAUCGUGUUGCUGAUCAUCUUCUCAUUUAUCAGAGUGAAGUUCUGGGACUUUGGUCGUUUAGCUCUGGUUGCAGACAAAGAAGGGUUCAAUGAGUCGUCGCACCGCCGAUAUGGGCGAAUGCCAUCCACUGCAUCCAACGUUGAGGAACCGGAGUAUGAAACGAAAUUUUGCUCUUGGCUCCCUUACACGGUCAGAAUGGAGGAAGAAAAGAUAAAAGAAAAAUGUGGCAUCGAUGCGAUACACUACCUGUCCUUUCAGCGUCAUUUGAUAUUCCUGCUGGUGGUCAUUAACCUCUUCUCCCUUGGAAUCAUUCUGCCCGUGAACAUAACUGGAAAACUGCUGAGCAGUGAACCUCACAGUUUUGGAAGGACAACUAUUGGGAAUUUAAGCGCCGGAAACAACCUGUUGUGGCUCCAUACAGUGUUUGCCGUUCUCUACCUGAUCCUGACAGUCGUGUUUCUGAGACGACACACGUCGAAAAUGAAAGUCAUGCGCAGAGAAUCCACCAGAAACGUCCUAUUUGUGUGUUCAGUCCCGAAAAUGGCAACAGAGGCAGAUGUCAUGGCCCAUUUCACGGAGGCGUAUCCUUCAUGUGAAGUACGUGAUGUGACUUUAGGCUACAAUGUGGCCAAGCUGAUGUAUCUUGAUAAGGAAAGGAUCCGAGCUGGAAAAAACCUGCGAUACUAUGAGCGCGUCCUCUAUAAGACAGGGCUACGUGAGCUGAUCAGCCCUCGUUUAUGUGGCCACUUCUGUUGCUGCGAAAAGGUUGAUGCCAUAGAAUAUUACAGUGAUAAAGAAAAAGAGCUGCUGGAGGAAAUGAGACAGGAGGCAGAAAAAGUGCCAGAUCACCCACUGGGGAUUGCUUUUGUCACCUUACAGACCGAAGCUAAGGCCAAGUACAUUCUGAAAGACUUCAAUGCGAUUAAGUGUGCAGGAUCGAAGUGCUGCUGUGCGAGGGAACCACAGCCUUCAUCCAAAAGCCAAACUUUAAAAGUGAACAAGUGGAGAGUCAGCUACGCUCCACAUCACAAAAGUGUGUAUUGGGAGAACCUUUCAGUGCGUGGUUUGUGUUGGAUCCUCCGUUACAUGGGAAUAAACAUCUUACUUUUCAUCGUCCUCACUUUCCUGACAACUCCCACCAUCAUCAUUAACACCAUGGACAGGUUCAAUGUGACUAAGCCUAUCUACUAUCUUAAUAGCCCUCUGAUUAGUCAGUUCUUCCCAACUCUUCUGUUGUGGUCCUUCUCUGCAUUACUGCCUACAAUAGUGUACUACUCUACACUAGGAGAAGCACACUGGAGCAGGUCCAGUGAGCAGCUGAGCAUGAUGCGCAAAUUGUACUUCUUCCUGCUCUUCAUGGUUUUGAUUCUUCCCUCACUCGGCCUCACCAGUCUUGCGUGGUUUUUCCGCUGGCUGUUUGAUAAGCAAUUUAUCAGUGAUGGAAAAACAAGGUUUGAGUGUGUGUUUUUACCUGAUCAAGGAGCAUUUUUUGUCAACUACGUGAUUGCGGCCGGUCUAGUGGGCUCGGGGAUGGAGUUGUUGCGGUUGCCAGGGUUACUGCUUUACACCAUACGUUUGAUGCUGGCCCGUUCUGCUGCUGAAAGAAAAUAUGUCCGACAGCACCAAGCCUACGAGUUUGAAUAUGGAGCCAUGUAUGGUUGGACUCUGUGUGUGUUUACUGUCAUUAUGGCCUACAGUAUCAUCUGUCCUAUCAUUGUGCCUUUUGGUUUCCUGUACAUGCUCCUCAAGCAUCUGGUGGACAGACACAACUUGUACUUUACCUACCUGCCCACUCGCCUUGACCGCCAGGUCCACCUGGGAGCUGUUGAUCAAGCUCUGGCUGCACCAAUCAUCUGUCUGAUCUGGCUUUACUUCUUCUCUGUCCUCCGAGCAGGUUUCAAGACUGCCACCUCUCUGUUCACCUUAGUCGUCCUGUGUUUUACAGUCUUCAUUUGUCUCUGCUUCACCUGCUUUGGCUGUUUAAAGUACCUCAGUCCACAUAACUAUGAGGUCAAAGAAGAGGACAACAAUACAAUAGAGGGAGUGGAAGAAAACAUUAAGGUUUACCUUCCAAGAGUGCUUGAUACCAAAUCUCCUGCCGGUACCUCAACAGAACCUCAACAAUCACGGACGUAUGGCUCUACAGAAGGAAGUCCCGUUCGCAGCUUCAGCCCAGUGAAGAGCGCCGUGUCAGAGGCUUGACUUAACAGAUUUCCAACCGGAAUUAAAGCUAGGAAGUCAAAGUGCCUAAAUUUACUACUUCCUUUAAAAGUCUGAACAAACAUUUCCUUUGAGGCCUUCACUGCGCUCACAAUUCAACUUCCAUCAGAGAAAGGUUGACCGCACUGUGUUAAAUUUGAAAGAAUUGUUACAGAAAACCAUGUUUAAUGACGUUUUUAAUAUUUAAAUUAAUAAUUUUGCUUUUGAGCAAAGUAAUUAACUCACACUUUUAUAUAGUGACAAAGCACAGUUCACUUCUUGUGACUUCUUUUGGAAGGACCAAAUUGCCAAUUAACUUGUACCAAAACGUGCCAUGCAGAUCGAGACACUGUGUUUGCUGAAGAAUAAUUCAUUUAUUGCACAUGCUAAUGACGAAGAGCAAGGUGAGCACAAUUUGUUGAACUUUCAGGCACUUCGGGUUUAUUCAAAGUUCUUCUUUUGAUACAUUAGCACCUGCAGGAGGAAACAUUUAGUAUUGCAUUUUUAAAUAUCUUUUGUGUCUUUACUAUAGUUUAUUGUUUUUGUUGAAUUAGUGAGACUUAAGUAUUUUAUAAGUUAUAAGUAUG